AUGGGGGGUUUCUCAUCAGCCUCCGCGACGGCGAUUGCACUAGUGGUGUUGGCUGGAUGUUGUGUUCUGGUCCGGCUACUGAUUCGCAUUGCUUUCGUCCAUCAUGUCGGACCGGAUGACUAUCUGAUUACGCUCGCCUGGGCUGCCUCCAUGGCCUUGGCCGUGGUCACAGGUCAACAGAACCAUCACGUUUCGUCAGCCGACCAAUCCGAAGAGCAGCAAGUUCGACUGGCUACUCUGCUUCGACAGCUGUGGUCGUCAAACAUGACUUACAGUCUUGCGGUUCUGCUGCUCAAGGACUCGUUGUUGUUUCAAUACCUUCGCUUCUCCAUUGAUGUCGGUUACCGUCGCGCAUGUUGGGCCAUGGGGGCAAUCAUCACCAUCUACGGCGUUUCUGCCUUUUUCGUCAGCAUUUUUUCAUGUCAACCUAUCGCGUACAGCUGGAACAGCAACAUCCACGGCGGCAAGUGUAUCGAUUUCCUGGCGUUUUGGCUGUUCAAUGCUUCCUUCAAUUCGGCCACCGACAUUAUUGUCUGUGCGUUGCCUAUUCCAGUGUUGAAAGCUUUACAACUCCCCAGGAAACAAAUGGCCAUCUUGACUUGUAUAUUCGUGCUUGGAGCAUUUGUUUGUAUUGCAUCAAUAAUUCGAUUGUUCGCCGUCUAUGGCGCAACGGUCCAUAAUAAGGACGACCCAGCUAUUACAAUUUGGUCGGCCGUGGAAGUCAACCUUGGAAUCAUCUGUGCAUGUCUGCCGUCCUUGAGACAUCCAAUCACACAGUUUUCCCCACGCAUCCUGGCCCUGCAUCACCGCCGAACAGCUCAUGAGACUGGAGCUCAGUCCCACAGGAGCAACAGCAACAGCACCAGCACGACUCUGAAGUACCCGGAAGCGGUGGUAACGUGCAUCGACAGGAGCCUGUCUCCAGGUGGUAGUCUUCAAAAUGGAAUCGAGCUUACAGCCUCCCAAGACCGGAAUACAAACGCCACGGCUUCCGACGGCACCACUUCGAGGUCUUGUACUAACGGCGAGGAUGACGAGGGUGGCUCUGCAGAGACGUCCCAUCGGCCAUUUCUCACAAUGUCGGAUCGAAAGGGCAGCUGGCCGACGAUAUCGACUGUGACCGAGUACGACGUGGAAGAAAUGGACACUGACACCACGGAGGAGGAUGCAAGUCUCCAACCUCAACCGCUCGCUCCUAUUCCCAGAGCUCACCUACCACCAUCGAGACCUCUAGGCCCACGUCCACCUGUCGUGCAGACCAAAUCUCCUGGUCCGCCUCCUGUCCAGGCAGCGCCUCCGCCACCUCCGGUAGUCGUUCCGAGAAGUCAGAAACGAAGCAAAUCCAAGAACAAAGGACCUUCCCGACCCGUGUUUCCACUAGCCUGUAUUCCGGAGUCUAGUGCGCCCAAUACGCCUGUGGACGACACUUGUCCAAACACGAGCCCGAGCACGCAUGGAUAUGUUGGUAAUGGCGAGAGAAAUGGACAAGCACAGGAGAACGAGCAGAUGCAACAGCAACAGGACCAGAACCAGAAUCACGAGGCCAACACAUCAACCGACAAUUUCAAACCGAAGCAGCAACAAGAGCCAACAAUCAUCAUCCCCCCUGCAAACCCACUUGAACAACAGUAUUAUAACCAUUCGCAAUCACAAACCGAGCCCCUUCAAGCCCCUGAUUCCCCAACCUCGACAUACACAAGCACCUCCAUCACCACCAUCAGCAGCUACAGUUACGGCAAUAAUAAUAACAACACCAAUCACAAUAACAGUCACAUCGCCCCAUGGGUGAACCAGGAGCAGAGUUCCAACAACACCGAGAAUGAGAAACGCUGUGCAUGUCGCGCCAGCAAGACAUACAGCUACGAGAUCUUGGGAGGUCCCCAAGCCCUACGAGAGUUGCAAGAGUCAGAGUCAAAUUCCACCUGUUGUCCACGACCCGUAUCAGAUCAUCGUCGACCGACUUCACCGCUGGCGAAAAUGCGGUCGUUGACGAAAUCCAAGCAGCAGCCGGCAUCCCCAUCUCCGUCCACGCCCUCAGCAUCCCCGUCAAAGCAGAGGACGACGAAACCAAGUCAAUCCACAAUUCAAGCUGGAUCUGCUGGUGAUGAACCAGUAACAGCCGAAACUGCAGGACUCGGCGUCAAUCUCGGUUUCCCUGUAUCAUCUCCCCACCGGACCAUGGGAACAUAUCAGCAUCAUCAAUCCACGCCUCCAAUCCAGGCUCAGACUCAGACUCAAGUUCCAUCAACGGCGGGCUUUUAUGACCCGGUCAUCACGCAUGUGAAACAGCAGCAAAAACAACAGUCAGCAGCAGGAGCAGCAGCAGCAGUAAUAAUCCAAGACAAAUACGCCCGCGAAGAACAGCGCCGCAAUCUCGAACGAGCACGUCGGAAACAACGUGAACGGGAACGUGAGGCGGAGCGACAGCGGGAGAGGGCGAUGCGUCAUGGUGAGUUGAGUAGUCCUACUACUACCGGUGCCGGUCUCGGUGUCGUUAGACCUCUGGGACCUAGACAGAUGAGGUGA